AUGGACAUCGCCUCGGGCCCCGAGUCCUUGGAGAGGUGCUUCCCGCGCGGCCCGACGGACUGCGCCAAGAUGCUGGACGGCAUCAAGAUGGAAGAUCACCCGCUGCGCUCGGGUCCGGCCACGCUCGGAGUGUUACUGGGGUCGGAGUGCCCGCACCAGGCCGUGUGCGAAGGCUGCCAGAGGCCCAUCUCGGAUCGCUUUCUGAUGAGGGUGAACGAGUCCUCCUGGCACGAGGAGUGUUUGCAGUGCGCGGUGUGUCAGCAAGCCCUCACCACCAGCUGCUACUUCCGGGACCGAAAGCUCUACUGCAAACAGGACUACCAACAGCUUUUUGCUGCUAAGUGCAGUGGCUGCAUGGAAAAAAUUGCCCCAACAGAAUUCGUGAUGAGAGCCCUGGAGUGCGUUUACCACUUAAGCUGCUUCUGUUGCUGCGUUUGUGAGCGACAGCUGAGAAAAGGGGAUGAGUUUGUUCUUAAGGAAGGGCAGUUGCUCUGUAAAAGUGACUAUGAGAAAGAAAAGGACCUGUUGAGCUCCGUCAGCCCAGAUGAUUCCGACUCAGUUAAAAGUGAUGAUGAAGAUGGAGAUGUUAAGCCCACCAAAGGACAAGUAACACAAGGAAAAGGAAGUGAUGAUGGGAAGGACCCAAGGAGACCUAAACGACCGAGGACAAUACUCACUACGCAGCAGAGACGAGCAUUCAAAGCAUCCUUUGAAGUGUCUUCCAAGCCCUGUAGGAAGGUCAGAGAAACUUUAGCAGCUGAAACAGGACUCAGUGUGCGGGUUGUCCAGGUUUGGUUUCAAAACCAAAGAGCAAAGAUGAAAAAACUAGCACGAAGGCACCAGCAGCAGCAGGAGCAACAAAACUCUCAGCGACUAGGGCAAGAAGUAAUGUCUAACCGAAUGGAAGGGAUGAUGACAUCUUACACACCACUUGCACCACCACAGCAGCAGAUUGUAGCAAUGGAUCAAAGCAGUUAUGGCACAGACCCUUUUCAGCAGGGUCUGACCCCUCCACAAAUGCCAGGCGACCACAUGAACCCUUAUGGAAACGACUCCAUUUUUCAUGAUAUCGACAGUGAUACCUCUUUAACUAGCUUGAGCGACUGUUUUCUUGCCUCUUCUGAAGUUAACUCCAUGCAGGCUAGGGUAGGAAACCCCAUUGACAGGCUGUACUCUAUGCAGAGCUCGUAUUUCGCCUCAUGA